AUGGCCCGGUUUAGCCCACCACCCUUAAGAGCACCGACAGCCUGCGUUGCUUGCAAUAAGAAGAAAGUGACCCUCCGCAAAGAAUCCCCUCGCUCACUGUACCAGGUUCGCUGCAUAUUCGAAGACAACACAAAUACAUGUUCGAACUGCCAGCGGCAUCAAUGGCCCUGCUUGGUAUAUUCUGACGAGUAUGCCAGUCAGCGUGAGCGCAAGAGGAAACGCCAGCGCAACCCCGAUGGCGUGCCACAUGUCACUACAAAUGAAGACAGAAUCCGCAGGCGUCGCCUGAGCCAGACCGAAGAUCAACAUGGAGACAUCUCAGCCACAGGCGCGGCCGAUAGAUCCCUGGGAGAAAUCUCGGAUAAUGAUGCGACUCCUCUUGACUUGCUGCAUGAACAAACGCCAACCACUUAUGUGGAAAGUGGAAGUGCUUCUUCGGCCAUCGCAGGGCAAACAGGAAUAUCUGAUGAGACUGCAUCAGAAAAUCCAUAUCUAUCGGCCCCAAUUAUGAGUUUCAUGGCUAGAUCCCGCUAUUUCGAUGAUACUUUGAUUAUAAACGAGGACCAAGCCAGAUCAUAUCCAAUCGGAGAUGCUGAUGGACCGACAGAGGAUGAUAAUCAACUGUUACGAUUACAAGGAGCCUUCGAGCUACCACCAAGAGCGGUGCGUGAUGGGCUGAUCAAUACCUUCAUGGAGCGGUGCUCGCCUUGGAUGCCUAUUGUGGAGCGCAGUUGGUUAGAGGAAAGUGGCUCUCAGAAACCGUCGAUGCUCCUUUUGCAAGCCAUAUUUGUCGCUGCGAGUAGAGUGACUUCUGCACCUGCAGUGACUGCAUAUGCUUCAACGCAUCAAUUUUAUCGGCGUGCGAAAGCCUUGUUUUGGUCUGGAUACGAGAAAAACCCAUUGACCGUGGUCGCGGCUGUGUGUAUCCUACAUUGGUAUAACCCAGAAGGUCCUGAACAUGUUUCAACAAACACCAGUGGAUUUUGGCGAUACGUCGGAGUAGGACUGGCUCAUCAAAUUGGCCUUCAAAAGGAACCCAUGGAGAGAAAAGAUGCUGCGCUGAGACGUCGUCUUUGGUGGACAUUAUUCGCCAGGGAUUGCUUGAUAUCAGCAGGGCAAGGCCGACCACUUGCGGUAUGUAAUGAAGAUUGCGAGCUAGCACCUCCUUACAUGAGAGACUUCCAGGAUUCGAGUUCGAACGGGUCUCUUUUCAUUGCCUAUGUUGAAAUAAGCUCCAUACUGGGUCAUCUCACACAGCAUUGCCGUCGAAAGACCCUCACACGACAGAUACGACAAAAUAUUGAGAAUCAACUAUAUCGCUGGACACGAGAACUUCCGGCAUCUUUACGACUUUACCAAGCGUCCACGGGGCCACAAGAGCUUAGAGAACAACCACAGAGCAUACUGAGUCCUUACAGCUUUGAGGCGCGUCAGUUACAUAUCGCUUAUUUUAUCUGCCUCGCAAUAUUGUGUCGUCCCAACCAGGGGAGCUCUCCCUCCCCAGCGGUGGUGCUGGCUUCUUCAUUCGUAGCAGGCAUGUUCGAAGACUUCUUAGCAAGAGACGAGAUACAAUUUCUGGGGCCCAUAUUUACAUUUCACUUGCUUGCUGCCGGUAUUGGCUUGCUCUCAAUUCGCAAAAUACCGUCGCUAUGGGAGAAAGCAGUCUACAGCUUGCAAACCAUUUAUCUUUCGCUGGAGGUUCUUGCUCAGCGCUGGUCAUCUGCUAAAGGUAGCCUCAGAGCACUGAAGAGCAUCGCCAGUGAGCAGGAGGGCACGAUGAGGCCUGGCGAUCAAACUCAGCUAGUGCUUCCACGAGAACAUUACCCUUUCUUCCAAGACUUUGGUCCAGAUAUAUCCUGGGCUUGGCCGUACUUUAUGCAUUCAACAACCGACUCAAUGAGCGAAAACACUGCCAGUGCGUACCCUGCAGGUGACUCUGGGAAUAUUUCACUCGACAACUUCAACGAGACCCAUGCUUCGACUACAAAGGAGUAUCGGCCGCUCACGACGAUAUUAGAUCCCCACACUGGGCUUGUUAUGGGGGGGCAUGACGCAGAGCAUCGAUGA